AUGCACAUCAUUGCCACCCUUCUAGCUGGCAUGGCUUCAUUGACGGAGGCUGCAGACUACAUCAAGACCUGCAAGGAGCUACAUUUGACCACCUACGAAGCCCCAUUGAGGCUCAGUGCACUUUGUUAUGACAAUUUGAGGUGGUUGAUGUGCACCGAGCUCGACUUGAACAUGUGCUACGUCAACCAUAAUCACAUCCUCCGUCCUCUUCUCAAUGGAGGUUUUGAAGCCAGCUGUCACGAUUGCAAGUUGACCGGCACUGUCAUGGGGUGCGACUGUGGCGGUGGGUGGACUGAGGUCGAUACAACAUUGAAAAAGGGGUUCAAAGAAUGA